AUUUACGGUAUAAUGGAAGAAAGUGAUGUUAAAUUAAGACGAAAUCCUCGGAGUACAAACUCAGGUAGCAGCUAUUCCUCCAAUACGUGUGCUUCAGGAAUGCAUACAGAAUCCACAUCAGGUUGCUGAUGGAGCUUCUUUGGUAAAAGAGAUAAGUCAACCGACUUCACUAAGGUUUAUAAGAAGGAUGGAUCAAAAUGGAUUAAGACAAUCACAGAGCACCUCAAAGAUAUCGCUAAACGUCAUGGCGGUAUCAAGGAGGUUCUUAAUUAUAUAAAAAAUAAUCGUAAAUAAGUUCAAAACUACACAGUUUUAUAAAGAUUUUCAUCAAAAGCAGAUCAAUCUCGAAAGCCAAGCCAAAGGAAAAGAAGAGCGCAAGAUUUAUCAGAAAAAAGGCAAAAUUACCAAAGGCUCUUAUCUUGAUGAAGAAGAUAUUAGCCAGAUCAGCAGAGAUAGUGAGAAGUCCUCCUCUGAUGAAUCCGAUGAAGGUGGUUAUAAGAACAUGGAAAUCAGAGAUUCCAUUGUGGGAGGUCAGAUGAAAGAAUGUCAGCUUCAGAAAGGAAAAGUCACCAGUACUUAUCUGAUGAAAGCUCUUACCUGUGAGUUUGAUGAACCAUCUAGAGAUAGUAUUUUUCAGGAAGGUGAUACUCUCAAUGCUUUAAAUGAUAAAACCGGUUUGAUUUUUAAAAUAAUUAAGCAUCAGCUGAAGAAAGAUACUCAUCCUAUUCGGAUGAUUGUCAAAAGCUUCAGCAAAGCUUUUGUUAAAGAAUACCUUCACUACGUUGAUAGGUCAAAGUAUGAUUCUAUUCAGCUGUACGAAGAGCUUGAGCAAACUAACCAAAAGUAUUAUGCUCAAGUAAAAUAAUGGAGAGAAACUAAAGGAGCUUCAUACAAUGAAAAGGAACUCAGAAAUGAUAGGUGAUAUUCAGAAGGCAGAUAACACAAAGCUUCCAGAGUAUUUCCUUAGUAAGCAAGUUAUACAAGAUGUCAAAUUUUUCAUUGAGCAAAUGUGAAGCACAACUAUCGAGUUCUAUUAUCCUGUAACAGAUGAACAAGACUUAGUGGAUAUGGAAGACGAACUCCAUGAGUGCAUCACUGAUAUGACUCUAUCCGGAAACUUACAAGAAAUAGUCUUUUCAUUCUGCAAGCUUGAAACUGAGACAAGGAGAGAUCGAUUGAAGGACAAAUAUAAUGAGUACAUUAACAUUCAGCCCCAACAUGUUGGGAUAGAUGAAAAGUUUACUUUGAAUGAAGCCUCUCCUAUCCUACAGAUUUAUGAUUACCAAAUUCAAAUGAAGCAUAGGAUUAAUCAAAGUCUCUCAGAUAUGGAUCAAACCCAUGAAGCAGAGUGAAUUGAAUACUCUCUUAAUAGCUCAAAUUCUGGAGAUGAAUACGAAGAUUCUGAAAUCAGCCAAGAUCAGUACAGAGCAGAAAAGGAUGUAUCUGGAUCAGUCGAUAUCGACAACGAAAACUCUAAAGAUGAUAACUUUAUUUAUCAAGAGAAGAAACAGAAAAGGCCUAAAAGUAAGCAAAAGAAAGCGAAGAAGCAGAUCGGUAGAUCCAAAGAAAUGUCGGAAGAUCUGAAUGUUGAUCACGAAUUCAGUGAGAGAAUCCAGAAUUUAUCUGUUUCCAAUGCCCCUGCGAGGCCGAGAUUCUAUAGCGGAAAACGUGAAGAAAACAAGAUGCCUACACUUGAAGAAGUGAAGGAAAGGAUAUGCCAGAAACCUUACCAUCAAGCUAUCACAAAAUUGAGAGAGAUUGAAAACAUCAAGGAACCAGGAAAGAAGCUCAGAUUAAUGAAUCAAGUUAAUGAUUUAAUACUAAAGUGAAUUAACGAGUUCUGGAGAGACUUAGAUAUAGAUGAGAGCCAACUAGUAAUUGCAGCUGACCAAAUGGUACUUAUUUACCUAUAUAUUGUAACUAGAGCAAAAAUUAUUGACUUCUUCGCCAACAUUAAGUUUAUCACCGAGUUUGUUAGUAAAGAGACGAGGAAAGGGAGCAGAGGCUUCUUCCUUGCAACCUAUGAGACGUCUCUAUACACACUUUUGGAUAAUAAAAAGGAUCAACUUGGAAGGAAAAGUAGCCCGAUUGAUAUCCCAACAAAGCCAAAUAUGGUGGAUGGUUCAAGAGAUGAGGAGUGUGGCUUUAUUGACAGUGGAAUUGAUGCAAGGGGAUCUCUCAUGCCUAAUGAUUUAUACAAAAGUAAAAGGAAUGCUUUUGUAGAUAUUGAAAUCAACGAGUCUAAAAACUAUUAA